AAAGUGAUAUAUUUUUUUUUAUCUCUCUUCGGCGGGAGUUCCCCUUUAGCUUUUUUCUCGUUAUCCAGUCGUCGUAUAAAGCAGCUUAUCGUUCAGUGCGUUCGUUUAAUAUUAAAAUAAAAUUUCAGAAAGUGUGAUACUUUCAACCUUCGGUUAUUGUAAUAUCUGAUUGAAAUGCCACCGAAAGGAAAAGGAAGAGGAAGAGGUGGCCCUCGAAGGGAUGACCAGCAACCUCGGCAACCACAAGCAGGCCGAGGCGAUGCACCACGGCAGCCUCAAGCUCCACCUGGUAGAGGGGAAGCACCCCCAUCUAGGCAGCCUCAAGCUCCACCUGGUAUAGGGGAAGCACCUCCAUCUAGGCAGCCACAAGCUCCAUCUGGUAGAGGGCAAGCACCACCAUUUAGGCAACCACAAGCUCCACCUGGUAGAGACGAUGGACCACCUGUAAGACAGCAGCAAGGUCCACCAAGCAGAGCCGGCCAACCUCCUCCUGGGUUUAGUCAGCCAGCACCAGUACAAGAACCGCCUGCUCCCCAACGCGAAAGAAAACCACAGCCAGUUGAUACAGUUACUACGUUAGGAAUAGAACUGAAACAUAAGUUGGCUCUUACGCCAGCACUGCCUGCUAAACCUGCUCCUGGAAAACUCGGGCGACCCAUAAAGCUGAUUACAAACUGCAUCCCUUUCCAGGCUCCUAGUGGGACUGUAUACCACUAUGAUGUCGAAAUUGUCAGUAAAGGGCACAGCAUGACAACAAAACAGCCACCACCAAAACCACCAGCCGCGGAAGCCGCAGCGAAGGAAGAAGAUAAAGAUAAAAAUAAAAAAUAUCGCUGUUUAAGUACCAAAAAGAAUAGAGAGAUCAUAAAUCUUCUGAUAGACACCGAUGAAAAAUUUAGAGGCCGUCAUCCUGCAUAUGAUGGUAUGAAGAAUUUGUACGCAAGGGAACCUUUAAAAAUAGGCAAAGAACUGAAAUGCAAUGUUAUUUUGGAAGAUGACGAUAACCCAGGUAAUCCGGAUGAUCCUCGGGGUAGGAGGAGCGAAACUUUUGAAGUAAUAAUUAAACCUGUUCAAAAGACAGAAACACAGGACUGUGCUAUUAGUUUAGAUCCUCUUCAUGCCUUAUUUGCUGGUAAGGUCACUUCAGUACCACAAGAAGCUGUUAUGGCUAUGGAAACAAUUCUCCGACAUGGACCCUGCAAACGCGCUACUCCUAUUGGUCGAUCAUUUUUCUACCCCCCAGCGCCCCAAGAUAUUCACCCUCUUGGUGGUGGAUUAGAAAUAUGGUUUGGAUAUCAUCAGAGCACUCGUUUGGGCCAAUGGAAGCCACUGAUUAACAUUGAUCUAACAGCUACUGCUUUUUACCAGAAAGGUCCUGUUCUGAGGUACAUCGCUGACUUUUUGCAGAUAGAUCUUCGUCAGUUACAGCAAGGGGGAAGUCUUAAAGACCGUGACAUUACUAGAAUAAGCAAGGAGCUAAAAACAAUGCGCAUCGAGGUGACUCAUUUAAGGUACAGAAGAAAAUAUCGUGUUAUAAAAUUGACACAAGAGAGUGCCAAUGCAAAGAUGUUUACUGCUACAACUGCAGAUGGUCAGAGUGUGAGAAUGUCUGUAGCGCAAUACUUUGCUCAGAAUUAUACAGCCUUGAGAUAUCCCCAUCUUCCAUGCAUUCAAGUUAAUCCAGAAAAGAAAGGAAUAUUCAUCCCUAUCGAAGUUUGUGAGUUAGUCGACGGACAGCAUUGCAGGAAAAAAUUGGAUGAUAAACAAACUGCUGAGAUGAUCAAGUUUACUGCAAAACCACCUAAAUUGAGAUUCGAUAAAAUAAGAGAGGCCAUUAGAUCAGCCAAAUUUAAUGAGGACCCCUGCGUUAGAGAAUUCGGCAUGAAAGUUUCUACUGAACCUUUAUCUUUGGACGGAAGGGUUAUAGAGGCCCCAAACGUUAGAUAUAACGAUGAUCGCAAGGUUAAACCUCGAGACGGCUCCUGGGACAUGAGGGGUAACCAGUAUUUACGAGGUGCUGACAUAAAUACUUGGGUAUUGUUAAGUUUUUCGAAUCCCCGUUUUUGUGGGUAUGACGCUUUAGAACGUUUCGCAAAACUCCUGUGCAACAUUGCAUCGGAACAAGGCAUUGAAAUAAGUCGUCCAGCAGCAAUUGAUAUUAUAGAUACUCGUCGUCCAAAUAUACAAAACAUUCUUACGCAAGUCCAGAAAAAAUACAAUGCUAAUUUAGUAGUAAUAGUUGUUCCUGGUAGCGAUAAGGUUUUAUACGGAGAAGUCAAGCAGGUGGCCGAAACCAUGCUUGGUCUCGUCACCCAGUGCAUUAAAGACAAUAACGUCGCCAGAAAAUGCACCCCGCCACUAGUCAGUAACUUAUGUCAAAAAAUUAAUGCUAAGGCGGGUGGUGUGAAUAAUUCAUUAACUCCUGGUGAAACACCUGCCAUUAUGCGAAAGCCCGUUAUUAUCAUUGGGGCAGAUGUGACACAUCCGGGACCUUCAGUUGAAAUUAAACCUUCCAUUGCUGCUUGUGUGGGUAGCUUGGAUGCUUAUCCUUCCAGAUAUGCUGUUACUCUAAGCGCGCAGACAAACAAGAAUGAGAAGAAGGAAGCAAUAGAGAUAAUUUUAAAUUUGAAAGAAAUGGUUUUGGAGCUUUUGAAAAAAUUCUACAGACACACUAGAGGACGUAAGCCUGAAAAAAUCAUAUUCUACCGCGACGGCGUCAGUGAAGGCCAGUUUGAUCACGUUAGAGAGCAUGAGGUGAAAUCCAUCAGAGAAGCUUGCAGAACGUUAAGUCCCGACUAUCAGCCAGGAAUUACUUUCAUUGUUGUUCAGAAACGUCACCAUGUCAGAUUUAUGCCCCAGGAUGAACGGAUGGGAGCUGGCAAGAUGCGAAAUGUCCCUCCCGGAACUACUGUUGACAACACUGUAGUGCAUCCCCUGAACUUCGACUUCUUUUUGUGCAGUCACUUUGGUUUACAAGGUACUAGUAGACCUUGCCAUUAUACUGUCUUGGAAGAUGACAAUGACUUCACUGCAGAUGAUCUUCAAAAGUUAACAUAUUACUUAUGCCAUACGUAUGUCCGUUGCACCAAGAGCAUCUCAAGUCCCGCUCCUGUGCAGUAUGCCCAUUUAGCUGCGUUCCGUGCGAGACAGCACCUGUUAACAACGAUGGAUGAGUCUAGUGCCAGCAGCACAUCGUCAGGUUCGUCUAGUUACCAUCCUUUACCGGAAGCCGUCACGAGAGCCAUCAGCAUUGUCGACGGAAUGAAGGACACUAUGUACUUUGUGUAAUGCGCCGUUAAGCGAACGCCUUUUUUUUUCUUCUGUUUAUUAAAUCUUUGUUUAUUUACCAUCUAAUUGUCAAAAUUAGAUAGAUUUAAAGAAAACUGCAUCCGAAAUUUUUAAAUCGAAUUGAUUUUGGAUUUUGAUUUAUUUUUUAUUAUAUGGUUAUAGUUUUUUUUAUAUGGAAACACUGAUGCAAAUCGUUGAAUAAAAUGUUGAAUUUGUUUCCCCA